GGGGGCCUAGCAAUUUCACUCUGCGAAGACUAUUGAAGAUGGCGGACGUGUUGAGUGUUCUUCGUCAAUACAACAUCCAGAAAAAAGAAAUCGUCGCCAAGGGUGAUGAAGUUAUCUUCGGAGAGUUCUCCUGGCCUAAAAAUGUCAAAACCAACUAUGUCAUUUGGGGAACUGGCAAGGAGGGCCAGCCCAAGGAGUACUACACGCUGGACUCCAUCCUCUUCCUCCUCAACAACGUGCAUCUCUCUCACCCGGCCUAUGUGCGAAGGGCAGCAACAGAAAGCAUUCCGGUAGUCAGAAGACCUGAUCGAAAGGAUUUGCUGUCUUAUCUCAAUGGAGAAAGUUCAACUUCAGCCAGUAUCGACAGAAGUGCGCCAAUAGAAAUUGGAUUGCAAAGGCCGACGCAAGUUAAAAGAGCAGCAGACGAAGUCUCGUCAGAAGCAAAAAAGCCAAGAGUGGAGGAUGAAGAACGAGUGCGUCUGGACAAGGAGCGUCUUGCCGCCCGCCUGGAGGGACACAAGGAAGGCAUCGUACAGACCGACCAGAUCAGGUCUUUGUCCGAAGCCAUGUCCGUGGAGAAAAUCGCCGCCAUCAAAGCCAAAAUCAUGGCCAAGAAACGAUCGACGAUCAAAACGGACCUGGACGACGACAUCACCCUGAAGCAGAGGAGCUUCGUGGACGCGGAAGUGGACGUCACCAGGGACAUCGUCAGUCGAGAGCGAGUGUGGAGGACGAGGACCACCAUCCUGCAGAGCAGCGGAAAGAACUUCUCCAAGAACAUCUUCGCCAUUCUGCAGUCGGUGAAGGCGAGGGAGGAGGGCCGGGCCCCGGAGCAGAGGCCGGCGCCGAACGCCACACAGGUGGACCCGUCCAUAAGAAACAAACAGCCCGUGCCAGCCGCAUACAACAGAUACGAUCAGGAGAGGUUCAAAGGGAAAGAGGAGACCGAGGGCUUCAAGAUCGACACCAUGGGGACUUACCACGGCAUGACCCUGAAGUCCGUGACGGAAGGAGCCUCUGCCAGGAAGGCCCAGACGCCAGCGAUGCAGCCUGUACCACGACCAGUUUCUCAAGCCAGACCACCACCAAACCAAAAGAAAGGUUCUCGAACGCCCAUUGUCAUCAUACCCGCCGCCACAACGUCGUUAAUCACCAUGCUAAAUGCAAAAGACCUUUUGCAGGAUCUGAAGUUUGUGACGUCAGAGGAGAAGAAGAAGCAGGGGAUCCAGCGGGACAACGAGGUCCUGCUCCAGAGACGGAAGGACCAGAUCCAGCCUGGCGGUGCCACGCUGAGCGUCACCGUGCCUUACCGGGUCAUCGACCAGCCCCUCAAGCUGGCGCCGCAGGACUGGGACCGCGUGGUGGCUGUGUUCGUGCAGGGUCCUGCCUGGCAGUUCAAGGGCUGGCCGUGGCUUUUGCCCGACGGAUCGCCUGUCGAUAUUUUUGCAAAAAUCCGAGCUUUUCACUUGAAGUACGACGAGGCGAAGACCGACCCCAACGUGCAGAAGUGGGACGUGACGGUUCUGGAGCUGAGCCACCACAAGCGCCACCUGGACCGGCCCGUGUUCCUGCGCUUCUGGGAGACGCUCGACCGGUACAUGGUGAAACACAAAUCCCACUUGAGGUUCUGAGCCCGGGCUGCCACUCUGCUCCUUCGAGGCUGGAUCAAGAAACACCAGGCACCCUUCUUGUCCCGUCCCGUCCCUUCCCGUCCCGUCCCGUCGGUGGAUAGCUUGCGUUUCCAGUCGCCACCUUCCCACCUCCCCCCCAUGCCAACCUAGACCUCCACAACCCCAGAGCUGCAUAUGCCAAGAACAGAUUCCUUCCAUUGGGGUACACCCCCCUGUGGAGAUUUCUUUCCUAAUGGGCAAAAAACUAAAUGAUCUCCCUGUCUGUAGCAGUCUGUUACUGUGGGCACAAGAAGCUGGGCAAGGGUGUUUUUUUUUUUUUUUUUUUUUCCUUCUACCCCCUUUCAUCUGGGUUUUGGGGGGGGGAGGGGGGUGAGGGUGUCCCUUGUGCUCUUCUUCCACAUUAUAUAGUAAACCAAAACUAUAUUUUUCAACAGUAGUGUCUUUAUGUUCAAAUGAUAAGAAAUAAAAACAAAAAAAAGUUGUUUCCUUUCCUAGGUGGUUUUUUUUUUUGUUUUACCUGGGGGAAAAAAUGGGGAAAAUUAAUAAUAGAAAGAUGAAUAAUGGUAUUUAAAAAGAGGGGCAAAUACAAUUACUGCUGAAUGGCGAGGGACAGGCAACCUCUUGUUGCUGUGUCUUUUGCGUAUUAUUUCUUCAGUUCUUUUUCUUGCAUUAUACGUGUGCGAUGGCAGCACACGACCAUAAGUAUGUCAGACCCCGGUGUAAGCUGUAGCUAUAGUGGAUUAGCAUCGAUAGCGAAGGAAUAAAAUGAUUGGAACCAAUUCUGAGCUAGGGCCAGUGGAGGAGACCCUAUGUGUAUGCAGAAUUUGCAUGGAAUGGAAAUGGAUUCCUCUUGGAAUGUGCCUGUAGGGGGGAAAAAAGCGCUUAUUCUCAGAACGUUUCCCAUUCAGGCAAGUGAUCAAUUGUGAUGCAUCUUUUUCUCAUUUUCAAGAACUGGUGAAGUGAACUUUGUGCACGGCUGUGCGAAAUUAUUUAUGGUUCUGGUAAGCUAAGCAGUUGGUUCCCAGCGACCCACAAUUACAACAAACGUCAUUUUUAGAGGGAACAAGUCAGUGGUCCCUGUUAAAGACCAACAGUUCUUUAAUAUCCGGUAUGAAUGAGGCUAAUAGUCUAAACAGAAUUAUUGUGAAGUCCAGAUUGAAGUGUGUGCUUUCAGACUAAUCUUCAGCAAGGUCUUCAUCAUUAUCAAUUCAAAGAUUUCACCCUCUAGGGGUGCUUUCGAACUUUUGGACAAAUGAAUAUUGUUGGCAUUUGAGUCGGUUGCCCAGGGAAUUGAAUCCAUUAAAGUACAUUAUCAUACUUACUGCUUAUGCCAUUACUGCUAUAAAUCUUCAGAGGGUUAAAACAUCAGUUUACUUUAAAUUUAGUAUUGCACUCUUUCCAACUAUAAAAUAAUGUGUUUUUAUUUUCUAAUUUUUUUGCUGGCCUUUUGAAUAUUUUAGCGGGAAGAGGUCAGCUGGUUGGAAAGGAAUUGAAUGAAACUCGAGCCGAUGACUCCCUAUUGCGAGCUGCAGUCUAACAGACCUGCAUGUUCCUUUCUGUUCAUUGUUCAUGUUGUACCGAUGCUCCCCAACACCCCCCCUUCGAAUGUCAUUAAAAUGUGUGCACUAUAAUCAGUUGUGCUCCCAUUCAUUUUCCUGCCUUUUUUUCCUGAAAAGCCAUGGAUGAGAAAUAAAGUUUUGAAAGUCGACUGGUUUGUUCAUUUAACCUGUUAAAAACCUUUCAGCCUGCUUUGGAGCUCAUCUCUCCCUGUCAGGGACAGUCCUCUGCCCUGCCAUGGCAUUGUGUGUUCAGGCUCGCGGCCUUGUGGUAUAGGAGGCUAACUGUCCUUGGUUCUGAUGUUUUCUUCGCCACAGAUUGGCAUGUACAGGGGUUCCACUGGCCCGUGGAGGCCUUGAAAGGGCUUGGUUUUGAAUUUGUAAGAACUGAAGGUUGUGAAAGGGGGCUUGGAUUCUGCGGUGCGUGAAGGUGCUUGAAUUUAAGUGUAUUUUUACAAAGCCCUGCUCUCUCCACUGCUAUGCAUAUCUCCUAUCCCUGCAUUUGUGAAAUCGGUAACAUCAGUGUUCUCUGUAAUAGUCCCCAAAUGAAGGGGCUACAGUGUGAGUAUGGGAUUUUCAAUAAAAUGUCGUUUUGUCUUUUUCUGAA